CAGUGAAGCCUCAUUCUCACUUGCGAUCACUUGGAUCAGGAUUACGAAAAGAGAGAUGCAUCUCGUUACUGCUCCUAUAAUGCACCCUCUAUGCAUCUUCGGUUAUCUUUCUCUGACAGCUGUCAUAGACAGCAGCCUCUACCCUGUCUGUCCACUGGGCCAGUUCCCCUGUGGCAACCUGUCUGUGUGCCUGCCCCAGCUUUACCACUGCAAUGGGGUCCAAGACUGUGCUAACGGAGCUGAUGAGGAGAACUGCGUGGAUAACAGCGGGUGGCCACAUCUUUUUGAUGCCUUUAUGAAGAAAAAUGUUGAAGAUUCCAAGGAAUGCAUACUGGACGUGUUCCCAGAGGUAUGUUUCUGUGAGGGCAGGAGAAUAAACUGUAACAAAAAGGGUCUACUCAGCGUCCCAGCUGUGUCUUCCAAUAUAACAGCUCUUGAGCUGAACAGCAACCAGAUAACAGCUCUCCAACCAGACCAGUUCAUCCGCUACAAACACCUUGAGAGACUACACCUGGAAGACAACAGGAUCAAAAGAAUCUCCAAGCAGGCAUUCUCAGGACUCUACUCACUAAGAAGACUAUUUCUCAGUCAGAAUCGGAUUACGUUGUUGAAGGCUGGCAUUUUUGAAGACCUUUGGAACCUGGAGUGGCUGAUUCUUGAUGAAAAUAGAAUAGCAUCUCUGAGACAGAACUCGUUUGAGGGGCUGAAAUCGUUAUUUUUCCUGUCUUUGCUGAACAAUUCCCUAGAAUCCAUCCCCAAGAAAUCUGUCUGCCAGGAAAUGCCUAGAUUAAACUGGCUAGAACUGGAGGGGAACAAGAUAUCAUCUUUGUGGGUUUCCAGCUUUCAAAACUGCACCACUCUGACAGUAUUGGCUCUUCGAAAAAACAGAAUACAAACUAUUGAGGAGGGAAUAUUUUCUGGCAUGCCAAACCUGAUAGACUUGGACGUAUCUUUAAACAAAAUUGAGGAGUUCUCACCAACUAUAUUUACAAAUCUUCAAAACCUAAAACAGUUGAACAUCUCAAAUAACCCUCUGACUCAUAUCUAUGAUGAUCAGUUUGACAUGUUUGUCAAUUUGCAAUCUCUGAGUAUAGAGGAGGUCGACAUACCAAACAUCAGUAUUCAGAUGUUUCGCUCUCUUAGGAACUUGGCCCAUAUUUAUUUUAAGAAAUUUGAAUACUGUGGCUACUCUCCUAAUGUGCGAAGUUGUAAGCCAAACACUGACGGGAUUUCAACAUUUGAGAAUCUUCUUGCGAACAUCAUCCUUCGCGUUUUUGUGUGGGUGGUGGCCUUCAUCAUCUGCUUUGGCAACGUCUUUGUGAUAUGCCUGCGGUCUUGCAUUGCAUCCGAAAACCAGCACCACACCAUGGCCAUCAUAUCACUGUGCUGUGCUGACUGCUUGAUGGGAGUAUACCUGUUCUUCAUUGGUGCAUUCGACAUCAAAUACUGUGGAGAGUACAACAGACACGCCCAGCUGUGGAUGGAGAGCAUGCAGUGCCAGUUGAUUGGCUCUCUGGCCAUGCUGUCCACUGAGGUGUCAGUCAUGCUUCUGACCUACAUGACUAUGGAGAAGUACCUGUGCAUUGUGUUCCCCUUCCACAACUACAGAGCCGGACGUAAACAGACACUCUGCUACCUCAUCUUCAUCUGGGUCCUGGGUUUCCUAAUCGCCGUCAUUCCCCUCUGGGACAAGCAGACGUUUGGGAAUUACUACGGCAGGAAUGGAGUGUGUUUUCCACUUCACUCAGACGAGAUGGAGAAACCAGGUGCCCGAUGCUACUCCACUGGAAUAUUUCUGGGGUUGAAUCUCUUUGCGUUCAUCAUGAUCGUCUUCUCCUACACCAGCAUGUUUUACUCUGUACAGAAAACUGCUAAGACAGCAAGACAGUCCAUCUACAACAAGGAGGUCUCUAUAGCCAAGAGGUUUUUCUUCAUUGUUUUCACAGAUGCCAUGUGUUGGACACCUAUAUUCCUCCUAAAGAUCCUCUCUCUUUUACAAGUGGAAAUAGCAGGAACGAUCGUUCUAUGGGUGGUGAUCUUCAUCCUGCCCAUCAAUAGUGCCCUAAACCCCAUCCUGUACACCAUCACCACCAGCUCCUUCCAGGAGAGACUGAAACUCUGCCUGAAGGCCAAGUGCAAACAGACUGGGCUCAGGGAAACUUCCCAAAAAGUAUCUGAAGUCUACCAGAACCCCAGCCCUCCUCCUUAA